AGAAGAAGAGAACCCGCCCUAUAAAACACUGCUCCUCGAGCAACCUUUCCCCCCGAGCAGUUCCCCCCUCCCGUUCGUUCCCCUUCCGCUUCCAUUGGCGGGCGGCGUGUGCCGGGGCGGGGUAAUUAGAUGGGUGACCUGGGAGGUGGAGGAGACUGGCGGGAGGCCGCCGCGGAGGAGGCUCCGGCUGCGGCACCGGCCGGAGGCGGGCCAGACCACCUGGUGGUCAUGGUCCACGGGAUCGUCGGGAGUGCGGCAGAUUGGAAAUUUGGAGCUGAGCAAUUUGAUAAGUUGCUAUCAGACAGAGUCAUAGUUCAUUGUAGUAAUCGCAACAUGCACAAGCUAACUUUAGAUGGCAUUGAUGUGAUGGGUGAACGGUUGGCACAAGAGGUUAUUGAAGAAAUCAAUAGAAGACCACAAAUAAAAAGGAUAUCUUUUGUUGCGCAUUCCGUUGGAGGAUUGGUUGCAAGAUAUGCUAUUGGAAGACUUUAUAGACCACCGAGACAAGAAUUGGAAAGUGCACCUGAAAGUUUGCGUGACAACAACAGAGGUAAUAUACAUGGGCUUGAGGCAGUCAACUUCAUAACGGUUGCAUCACCACAUCUCGGUUCUAGAGGAAACAAGCAGGUUCCUUUCCUCUUUGGAGUUACUGCCAUAGAAAAUUUUGCGUGCUGCAUCAUUCACUUCAUAUUCGGAAAAACUGGCAAGCACCUAUUUUUAACUGAUAAUGAUGAUGGAAAGCCUCCAUUAUUGGAACGUAUGGUGGAUGAUUGUGGGGAGCUACAGUUCAUGUCUGCUUUGCAAGCAUUUAAGCGAAGAGUUGCAUACUCCAAUGUUGGUUAUGAUCAUAUUGUCGGGUGGAGGACAUCAUCAAUCAGGGGGGGCUCCGAACUACCCAAUUGGAUUGAUUCAAUGAGCAAGAUGUACCCGCAUAUUGUAUACGAGGAACUAUCCAAAGCAGAAACUCCUGGUGAUGUUACUGAUGUGGACAAGGAUAACUGCACUCUAGAAGAGCGGCUUCUCAGAGGGCUUAAGCGUGUGUCAUGGGAAAAGGUCGAUGUUAGCUUCCACAAGAGCAAAGUAAGAUCUGCUGCACACAGUGUAAUUCAGGUAAAAGAUCCUGUAAUGCAUAGAGAAGGCGCUGAUGUCAUAAAGCAUAUGAUAGACCAUUUCAUUCUGUAGUGAACAACCCUGAUCUCCGGAAACAAAGCUUGUGCCAGCAGACACAAGUUGCUAACUGCUGAGUUGCCGAGCCUGGUGAGCACGUUUAUGGCAAACCCAGGUUCAAGUGUCUUAUAGAUAGCAUUCAAAAAGGAAAGUGUUUCAUAGAUCAAGUAUAUAUAGAGAGAGAGGCCAUGCCUGAUGCCCCGUCGUAGUUCAUCAUGUGAUCAUGUGUGCUGUGUGUUGUAGCCGCAGUAUCAGCCUUGUCCUUGUAAAUCUAAACCAUUUGUUUAAUUGAUGUUGUGGUGAUGUGCAUUUUCAAGAACGAGUGGGCAUGGAUUUGCUGUUUGAACAUUGAAUACACGAGGACUAAAGGAUUUGAACUUCAAAA